UGACGACACAUUGCAUUGUGGGUAAUUCACUGUUCAGAACGAGGUAAAGUAGGGCAGUGUGUAUUGGAAGAGGAAAUUGACAACGUCACAUUUCUAAAUUAUUUUGCAUCUCAUGUGUUUACAUGUACAAAACAAUGGAUGACAAUGCCAUGGAGUCUUUAGAAAGUAGUGUUAGCAGUGGUCCCGGGAUGUCAAUGGGAAUGGACAUGGGUGGUAUGGGGAUGACAAGUCCCAUUUCUUCUGUCGGUUCAAUGUCACCCGGAAUGUCUUCACCUGAUAUAAAACCCGAUAUUACGUCAUUGUCUGUAACAUCGCCUCCCGGAUCCUACUUCAGUUACGGAAUGCAUCAAGGCAUGAAUUCACAAUCUGGUUCAAUACAUUCUCCACCAUUACACUCGCCAUCAUCGUCAGUACAGUCUCCUACAAUGAUGUCCAUUGGGUCGCCUGGCUCUGUUGGUUCACCACCAAAUCCUCACAUGCCUCAUACAACCCUGAGUAACAAACACAUAUGUGCGAUAUGUGGGGACAGAGCUUCUGGAAAACAUUACGGUGUUUAUAGUUGUGAAGGAUGUAAAGGAUUCUUUAAGCGCACAGUAAGGAAGGACCUGACCUAUGCUUGCAGGGAUGACAGAAAUUGCAUGAUUGACAAACGACAAAGAAAUCGUUGCCAGUACUGUAGAUAUAUGAAAUGUCUUUCAAUGGGCAUGAAACGUGAAGCUUUGAUUGACAAAUCCACCAGUCCUGCAGUGAAUUCCGCUGUGCAGGAGGAGAGACAGAGAAACAAGGAGAAGGGGGAGAGUGAAGCAGAAAGCACAGUUAAUGCUAACUCUGACAUGCCAGUUGAGAAAAUCCUUGAAGCAGAACUCGCUGUUGAACCUAAGACUGAUACUUACAUUGACGCUCAGAAAGAUGCAGUGACAAACAUAUGCCAGGCAGCAGACAAGCAGUUGUUUACACUGGUAGAAUGGGCAAAACGCAUACCUCAUUUUACUGAGCUGCCAUUGGACGAUCAAGUCAUUCUACUAAGAGCAGGCUGGAAUGAGUUAUUGAUUGCUGCAUUUUCUCAUCGUUCGAUCUCUGUGAAAGACGGCAUAUUGCUAGCCACAGGUCUUCAUGUACAUAGAAGCAGUGCACACCAGGCUGGUGUAGGUACCAUAUUUGACCGAGUUCUGACAGAGCUGGUGUCCAAAAUGAGAGAGAUGAAAAUGGACAAGUCGGAAUUAGGCUGUUUACGUGCGAUUGUACUGUUUAAUCCAGAUGCUAAAGGACUGACAAGUGUACAGGAAGUGGAACAGUUACGGGAGAAAGUGUAUGCGUCGCUGGAGGAGUACUGUAAAACACGUUACGUGGACGAACCAGGACGUUUCGCAAAGUUGUUACUUAGAUUACCAGCUCUAAGAAGCAUUGGUCUCAAAUGCUUAGAACAUUUGUUUUUCUUUAAACUCAUUGGCGAUACACCAAUCGACACGUUUUUAAUGGAAAUGUUGGAAACUCCAAGUCCGGCAUCAUGAGUGACCAUGUAUAGACGUGAUGUGUAUGAAAUUGCUCUUGGCGUUGUUUUUUCUUUUCUGUCGUAACAAUUUUUAACAUACAGUCAGAUCAUUAAACUAUAUUUGUAUAUAUAGAAGAAAGGUAUGUGAAAAAAAAAUUCAACCUUCUCAAGUGUGCUGAAAGGUGUUUUAGAUAUAACUGAUAUUAAGACUGCUGUUAGUGAGGUUUGUCGUAUUUUCUUGUUAGUUUUGGUUUUGCUGAAAGAAUAAAUUGGAUCUAGGUUAUUUUGUGGUUAAAUCGUGUGGAGACUAUAUGCCUGAAAAUAUGUUUUCACUAUAACGUUUACAUUAAGAUCAGGAUUGUAACUUGGAUGUGAAGAUGGCAGCUUAUUAAACAGACCAGAAUCUUUGUUAACUCUUAUAUAAUACUUGCAGAAUACAUGAAGCCUGUGCUAUAUACAGGAACUUAUUGACAAUGAAUAUUCAUAAUAUUAGUACAAUAUUGAUAAGAUUUAACAUGAAUUUUCAUAACAUUGGUACGAUAUUAAGAUAUAACUUUCAUUUUACAUGAAGGGGAUAUAAAUCAGGGCUAAGAAAUGUUCCCUCCCUUUCAUGUCUUAUAUUUUGUUCUGGAUCUAUAUAAGAGAAUUUAAACCCACUUUAACUUACAUUGUUGUGUGUUUUAUAUUUUGUUUACAUUAUAAUUAUGUUUUCUUUGAGAAUGCAG